AUGGCCCUUGCUGCAUACCGGAAUCUUUUCCGAGCUACCCAGGUGGCCUUCCGGGGCGAUCAGCGACUCCUUAUCGAAGCGAGAAAUCGUAUCCGUGAAGAAUUCCGCGCUGGCGCCAGCCCCUCAGACCCCGACUUCCAAAAACGUAUUCAACAUGCCCAGGAGGUUGCCUCGGUGCUCAGGGCGAACGUAGUCCAGGGUGUGCAGGAGGAGAACGAUGUAUACAGGCUGCGGAUACAUGAUCAGACCGAGCGUGGCGACAACGAUAGCAUCAAAUCGCCAACGCAGACGCUUGGUGGCGGGAAAUGCGGUUGCAGUUGA